UGUGACUAACAUUACCAAGCCGGACUAGAAUUGAGCACGCGCUAUUGUGUUUCCCAGAAGUUCAGAGAAAUGCCGAAAAUUCCCGAAGUCACGAGACACGUGAGUGUUCCUCCUUCAGGCCGCUGGGUGUGGAAUGAUGAAGCUGAAACAGUGGAGUUUGUCAGCUCUAGUCCAGCAGAGGAAGGAGUUACAAGAGAAAGCAAGCAAACCAAUGCUGAUUUUAGAGAGCUUCAGCUGCGAGCAGAGUGGUUGGCUGACAUCUGUGCAUUGAACCACAGAGGGCGCCAAAGCCUUAGAAAGGGCCUGAGCCAUGCCCAGCUGAAUGCUUACAGGUCCUCUGUGAUGAGGAGGCCACGGGACCACGUGAGCAUUGAUGAUGUGAAACAGGUGGCCGUUCGUUUGCUGCAGGAGAAUUAUUCGCUUCCAAUUCCUUUCAGCUUCUUGGCUGUUUUGAAGAGAAAGGAGCUUGAUGAGGUCCUGGCUGCCCUUCUCAUGUGUCUGUCUUGUUUCUUGGAUCAAAAAUCUCUGGGGAAUAAAUCAAAGCCUCUAAUAGUUGACAUCAUCAAAGAGCGUCAGAUGAUGGCCGAAGCUUUGGCCAAAAGGCAGAUAGCUCAAAAGAAGCUGGCGGUCUGCUACUUCAGCCUGACCAUGGAUGUAGAGAUAGAACAGAAUCAACAGUCAUCAUAUCGCAAGGGCCGGAUGUUGACAAACAGCACAGAAUGGCUUCUACAUGCUUGCUUGUACUGCUUCUUCUGUUUUGUGGCCUGGGUGACGUUUGGCAGAAAGGACUUGAAGGACAUACAAGAAGAGGUGGGGCGUCUCUUCUACUCCGACACCUUCAACACAGCAGUGAGGAGCAGGGCAGAUGGGGACCCUGAAAUUACCUCUGCUGUUGUUGAUGGUUCAAUGAAGAUGGGAGAAAUUGACCCCAAGGAGACGGGAUCUAAUUGCACAUUCAGGCACCGGCAGGUUAAAGAGAGAUCAUUCCAGAAAUGCCCAUCCCUCCGCUCUACAGUUAAUCAGCGAUCCCCUCUGCUGGUGUCCCUGCUGCCCUCGCCCAAAGAACUUUCACCCCAUCUGUUCCUCGGCAGCCGAGCCAGGAGGCAGAGCCCGCUGCCAGUGGAGCGCUGUGACACCAUGGCUCUGACAGAGGAGCUCAACCAGCAGCUGGCUGAUGUCAGCUUUGGGAUCCUUGGGAAGCCGUUGUGUCAGUUCAACUGCAGCACCCUGAUCCCCCUCGGAGAGCAGCAACACAACAGUGAAGAAGAGGAAGAAGACCAUGACCCAAGGAGUAACAGUAAAGGUCAUCCAGGCUUCAGUUUUCAAGACAUUGUGUGUGCAAAUGAAUUCCCCGGUCCAACAAACCGAGUCAGAAACAACGCGAGAGGCUCAGAUCCCUGAAGGCUUCCACUGAGUCAUUAUGUGUCCAUGUGUUGCUUCACGAUGGGCUUACAACUGGUGCCACAUUCUAACACACACACAAACACACACUCACACACACACAACUCUCCAGCCAGGCUUGGUGGCAGAAGGGACUUUGCCUUUGCCCUAAUUGGCUGCGUAAUCUGGGACACCAGGAGCAGGGUUAAGCCCCCUGAGGAGAAGGGGAAGGAGGGGGCAAGUGGAGCCUGUGCAUUCAGAUGGGGGAUGGGGCGCAGGGUGUUUUACAAGUUUGGGGACACAAAGUUAAAAAGCACUUGUUUUCAUUAAAGCUGGGGUUGGUAAUCAGAUUUAGAUACACUUUUUGUCAUACUGGUUAAAAUGAUCUUUAUGUCCUGAUGGCAAUCAAUACAUGAUG